CAGUUAAGGAUUAAUUUUAUUCACUCAUCUUCUGAAGAAUAUUUGCCUUUUGUAUUUGACGCUUUAGCUUCAUGCGAGAAAAUCGGAGUUUCUUUCGGUGCUUCUACGUAUUGUUUACCAGAGGGAACAAAGAGAUUCUCUGGAUUGUAUGAGGAGAUUACUGUGCCUGGUUUUGACAAUUCUAUAGUUAAAAAUAUCGAGCAAAUCAAUGUUAAGGAUAUGGAUGAGUUAGGGCAAAAAGGAUUUCAAAAUUAUGUGAAAUUAAAUGUAGUACAAUCCUUGGUUUUUGAACAGACUUACAAAACGAAAGAAAACUUGCUGGUUUGCGCUCCAACAGGAGCAGGUAAAACUAAUAUUGCUAUGUUAGCAAUCCUAAAUACAAUCCAUGAACAUACAUUUAAAAGUCAAAUUUUAAAGGAUGAAUUUAAGAUAAUUUAUCUGGCACCAAUGAAAGCACUAGCUGCGGAAAUGACCGAAACUUUUGGAAAAAGACUUUCCAUUUUUGGAUUAAAAGUAAGAGAGCUAACAGGCGAUACAGUGCUAUCGAAAUCGGAAAUUGUUAAUACGCAGAUGCUUGUUCUGACGCCGGAGAAAUGGGAUGUGAUUACACGAAAACCUGGUGUUUCUAGUUUGGAGUCAUUAGUCCGUUUAAUGAUCAUUGAUGAAGUCCAUUUGUUACACGAUAGUCGUGGUGCUGUUAUAGAAGCAAUCGUCGCUCGAUGUUUCCGUCAGAUUGAGAUGAGUCAAAAAAGUGUGCGCAUAAUUGGACUAUCGGCGACUUUGCCCAAUUACAUGGAUGUGGCAAGGUUUUUAAAAGUUAAUCCACAGAAAGGGCUUUUCUUCUUUGAUGGUCGCUUUCGACCUGUUCCAUUAACACAAACUUUUAUCGGUGUUCCAAGAACAUCUAGCAGUCAAUCGAUUAAUAGUAACAUGGAUGAAGUCUGCUUUAUCAAAGCUCAUGAAUUUUGUCGGAAUGGACAUCAGAUUCUCAUUUUUGUCCACUCAAGGAAUGGAACUUCAAAACUGGCUUUGAUUUUAAAAGCAAUGGCUAGUGAUAGAGGAGUUUUACGUGAUUUUGUAGCAUUAAAUUCGACAGAGAAAAAUCAGUCAAUGGGCAAAAAAUUGGCACAUUCAAUACGAAAUAAACUGUUAUAUGAUCUGGUUCAGUAUGGGUUUGGCAUCCAUCAUGCUGGAUUAGCUAGACAUGAUCGCAAUAUAAUUGAGAAGUUAUUCACCAAAGGAUAUAUAAAAGUACUCGUUUGUACGGCAACUUUAGCUUGGGGAGUCAAUUUACCCGCUCAUGCUGUUAUCAUCAAGGGUACUGACGUUUUUGACAGUCAAAGAGGAACUAUGUGUGAUCUUGGAGUGCUUGAUGUUCAGCAAAUUUUCGGGCGAGCUGGAAGGCCACAGUAUGAAGAAACUGGACAUGGUGUGAUAAUUACUUGGAAAGAUAAAAUGGCAAAAUACAUUGAAAUGCUUACUAGGCAGGCUCCAAUUGAAAGUCAGUUUCAGUCUCGAUUAUACGAUAACUUAAAUGCGGAAAUCGCUCUUGGUACUGUCUCUAGUAUUGGUGAAGCCGUAGAAUGGCUAAGUUACACUUAUUUCUUCAUUCGUGCCAAUAAAAAUCCUUUGGCUUAUGGAAUUACUUAUGCACAAUUGCGGGAUGAUCCAAAUCUAUCUCGCUUUUUGUCGAAACUUGUAAUGGAUGCUGCUGAAAAACUUGAUAUGAAUCAAAUGAUUCGUUAUGAUAGUCUUAAUGGAUUUGUAUCUUCGACAGAUUUAGGACGAAUAGCAUCAAAUUUCUAUAUAAAAUUUGAGACAAUAGAAAUGUUAAAUACUUCGUGUGGACCAUGUCGUUUUACUUCGGUCGUCACAGAUGAAACUAUACUUUUGUUAAUCGCAAAUGCAUCCGAAUUCAGCCAGAUGAAAGUAAGAAAUGGAUUUUGA